CUUUUUAACAGGUAGAGACGUAAACAGCGACUUAAAUUGACAUGAUUUCAAACCAUAUAACAGGAUAUAACGAACUUGUUGGUAAUGCAGGGACUAUUUACAACAAGCAAAAGACAAGCUGUGGACGUGGUGCAUGGCUUUCUUUCAUUAUUAUGGAAAUGUGGCUUUUAUCAACAGGUGUGCAAUGUUUUCAAUGGCUUUCAAAACCGUCAAACCAAACAAUCACUGAAUCUGGUAAAAAUGUCAGUAUAUCCUGGCGGUACAUAUUGGAAAAUGGUGAGAAACCCAUCAGCUCGUACAUUUACCUCGACGGCGAAACUACUAUAGCGACCAUGGAUACAGAAAAUAGAAAGUACUUUAAAGAUGAAGAUUAUGAUGGAGCAGAGAAAGUAAUUUCUGAACAUUCUACAGUGACAUUGGAAUUUUUCUUCAUAAAAAAGAAUUUGGCUGAUAAAGAAUAUUGUAUUACUAUGACGUUUCGGAGAAAUAAACUUUCGAAAAAUUAUAGAAGCUGUACUAAGUUAUCAGUGUAUGUUCAUCCAAGAAUUGUAUAUCACUCGCACAACAUAAUCAAUCCUAACGACACCACUGUGGAACUGAAAUGCAAUGCAACUGGCGAUCCAGAACCAUCAAUCACCUGGACAAAAGUGACAAAUAACUCCGUAUUGACAAAUUCUUCACUGAUGACAGUGAAUAUCACUCAACAAGCAUUUGGAGAAUAUUGUUGUAUUGCAGACAACAAAUAUGCAAAUGAUACACUAUGUAUAACGAUUGGAGAUCCACUAUUGUCGAAUACUACGCCAACUAAUUACACAAUGAUAAACAACAGCGUGACCAUUAUUUGUCUGGCAUCAGGAAUCCCAAUUCCUACAAUAGAAUGGACUAACCGUUCAGGCAAUAUAAUCCACCAAUCAAAAGAUGGCAGUUACACUAUUCCUUUUAAGCAUUGCAAAAAUGAAAUAUGGACAUAUUACUGUAGGGCGUGGAGCAUCACGGGAAAAACACCGAAUAAAAAAAUCAGUGUAUACGUGAAUACCAUGAUGCAGCAAUGUAAACAAACCUCCAGAUCCACAGAUCAAGGACAAGAUAACAUCAGCUCUACUWCACUUGCGACAACUACCGAACCUUCUCAUACAUUAGGAUUGAAGUCCGAUAAAAUUGACGUAGCCCUGGUUAUUGUUAUUGUCUGCGUGAUUGCUGUUGUUCUGGUGGGCUUGGUAUUAAURCUCAUUUUKAACAAGAAAAGGAAACGAAAGAAAAAAGAACUCAAAUCAGAAGAUGUUCCUUCCUAUGAAAAACAAAGUCAACAUCCACCAGAAAGGAGCGGACCGCUGGUGACGGAGGAAAACCCAUACGGUGAACCCAUCGAUGCCAUUCCAUAUCAAAUAAAGCCAAAAAAUCAACAUAACAGCUCUGAGGAAGCUGAUUUAAUGAGAAACGAAGAAAAAGCAGCAUCUGCCUCUGAMGAUGAUAACACAUUAUAUGCACACGUGUUAAAUUCAAGAUCACCAAAGAAAUCGGUAAAUCGAUUUGGCAAAAAAAAGAAAGCAGAGGGACCUGCGCAAGUAUCAUUGAUGCCGAUUUAUGAGGAGGUGCCUGCUCAAACGAAGGUUACCAAAGCAUGACUGGCCGACUCGUGGUACAGUCCUGGAACUUUUUUGGCCGCUUCAUCGAACUGCUGGUCGCGGAAAAUGGGUCCAGAAGCUUUGAAGCACACUGUAAUAUUUACACAGAGAUAUGCUAUUUGUCAUGUCUCUGUCUCUGCUAUUUGUCAGGUCCAUAUAAUGAAGCAUGCAGCUAAUUAUGCACUCACAUAUUUUAUAAAAAAUAAAUUAUAAAAAAUAAAUC